AUGUCGCCAUCGAAACGAUCCUCGGUCAAACGGGGGGCGAUAAAGCGCGAGGCAACUGCCGACCACACCGACGACAUGUCGCCGACGCGGCCUGCCAAGAAGCGCAGGAGACAAGCUCCCGCUGGCUCUGAUGCCUCCGGGCCCAAGCUUACCGCCCCAGAUGAACAGUCGUCCGAACCUGACCUGGCCGAGGAGCCCGACUCGAGCGCCCUGGCCGACACGUCCGGCAUCGACCUGCACGAUGCCACCGAAGUUGCGAACCGCGUCUCCAGCUGCCUGAAGCUGCCCCAAAAGCCCAAGGAGUCUCUUCGGGUGAGCAUAGACCACGCCAACUCUUCACAACACUACGUCACGCGCAGCGUCAAGGCCUUUGCGCAGAUUCUCGGUCACGACUGGACGUACUUUGUCACUCAUACCACCAUCAACAUCGGCCGCGUCCCCUCAGAUCACUCGAUCAAGCAGCCACCAGAGGACAGCGAAGACCAUGUUCACAUCGACCUGGGCCCGACCAAGACGUACUCGCGGCUGACUGCGCGCAUCAGGUUCGAAAACUCGUGGACCUUGGAGGUCAAGGCCAAGAGUGGCAUAUUGUUGGACGAUGUGUUCCUGGGUCCUGGGAGCAUGGUUGAUCUGACGAGCGGCAGGGUGAUCAGUGUCGGUGACGUCGAAAUGAUCUUUAUAUUGCCGCUUGAGAGUGCCCCACUGCGCAUUCACCCAACGUAUUUGGAACGUGCGGGCCUGGGCGGCAGCGAGUUUGCGCUGCAGUUAGGGGCGCAGGAAAAGCAAGAAGUAUUAGACGACUCUGUUCAUCCAACUUCGACCACGACCCUGCCCAGGCCUUCGAGCAGCCGUGUCCCCCUUCCGCGGGGACAGCCCCAGCAGCCACAGGCCAUCGCACCUGCGCCUCCUGAUUACAGGCGUCCGGGCACGCCCCCAUCAGUUCGGAGCCGGGCCGGUGGCCGUGGGCCAAAGUCUUCACCAUCCAAAGAAGCUGGCACAUUGUUGAUGCACCCCAGCGAUGUUGAUUUGGCAGCAGACGAAAACCAGCACAUUAAACCACAGUAUAGCUAUGCGCAGCUCAUCACGCAAGCAAUCAUGAACACGCCAGAUGGGAAGCUCAACUUGAGCGGCAUUUACAACUUUAUCACACAAAACUAUUCGUACUACAGGAGCCAAUCUAGCGCAGGCUGGCAGAACAGCAUCAGGCACAACUUGUCACUGAACAAAGCUUUCGAAAAGAUUGCAAGGUCUACCGAUGAGCCAGGCAAGGGAAUGAAAUGGACACUAGUACCAGAGGCCAGGGAAGAAAUGAUCAAGAACGCUUUCAAGGGCGGAAGGGGUGGUCAUCGGGGCUCCUCGAAUCCCUCUUCUCCCAGUCAGCUGAACUAUGUCAACCAGGGCCCCAGAGAAAUGGCGGCUAGGGACGGCGUGCCAUCAGCAAGAAAACGAAGGGUCUCUCCAUCCGGCUCGCCACAACCUCGCUCAGCACUACGAGACCUCCAGACCCCGAUCCGUGGAAGCUCCCGACGGCUACUACCCGACGAACCAGGCAUGGGCGGAGACGGCAGCCCGCUGCCGCGCAUCCGUGCGCUUGGUACGCCCAAGCUGCUCCCGCCCCACAUGCCUGCGCGAGCCUUGUCCAUUCCCAAAUCGCAGACGGACAUUUCAGACGUCGCGACAGACGACGACCACGUCCCGCGCUCGCCCACCCUGACGAGCUCCUACGGCCAAGACGAGAGUGGGCUCUCGUUCGUCACGCCCGCGCCUCACCGCGUCAACCUGAGGCUCGCGCCCCCUAGCACGGCCCAGCGACCGAGCCAGCACAUGCCCACGAGCUCGCCCGCGCCCUUUUGGAGGUAUGCGGAUAUUGGUAGCACGCCAAUGCGGCCCGGUGCCCUGGACUUUAGCCCCUCGCGUAACCGUCUCGACCCCGUCCCGCAGAGCAGCAGCCCGCCGAACAAGUCUCCGGACCAGAGUCCCACGCGCAGGGGUGCGAGGCCGCCAUCUAGAGAUCACAUCAAGGAGGAGCAGAGAGAGGAUCCAGAGCCGGUUGAGGCUGUCAAUGGCAAGAGGCCAGGGUCCGGUCAGCAGGCGUUGGCGCCCGAUAACGACGAAGACGACGAAGCCGAGGGCGGCUUCGAUCUCACAAAGGGAUUCCAAAGUAUCGGGUCAUACCACGCUCCCGUGGGCCUCGGCUUCCAAGUUCUUCCUGCGUCUGGAAACAGGUAG